AUGUUCCUGCGACGACUAGGUAGCUGGCUACCUCGCCCCUGGGGCCGCCGGAAACCAACGAAGCCUGACCUGUCUGCCCCAGAACCCAGAUGGGUGGACAGCUCCCCAGAGAAUUCAGGAAGUGACUGGGACAGUGCUCCCGAAACCAUAGGAGAUACGGGGCCUCCCAAGGCCAAGGACUCAGAGGCACAGAAGAGCUCUAGGACUGCUCCAGAGCCAAGCAAGGCCCCCCCAGUUGCUCAACUGGGGAGCAAAAGAAUGGAUUCCUUCAAGUUGGACAAAGCUGUCACUGGCACUGAAGAAUCUGGGAGAAUGGAGGCUGGAGGGGCCGUUGGCAAACUGGGACAGGAUGCUGUAGACUCAGGAGGUGCGAGGAGACCUGGGGUGCCCCCUGAAGUUGGACUGAGCGCCCCUGGACUAGAAGCCCCAGUAGAGAAGCCAAGUCGGCAUCAGAAGCUGCUGGGCUGGCUGCGGGGGGAAUCAGGUGGUGGCGUAGGAGCUCCCCCACCAUACCUGGGGGGCCCAGAGGAACGUCUGCAGAUCUCCACCAACCUGACCUUGCACCUGCUGGAGCUGCUGGCCUCAGCCCUGCUGGGGCUGUGCUCGAGGCCACUUCGGGCAGCCUUGGAUGCACUGGGCCUGCGUGGACCAUUGGGUCUCUGGCUGCAUGGGCUGCUGUCCUUCCUGGCUGCCCUGCAUGGGCUGCACGCUGUGCUGAGCCUCCUUACUGCCCACCCCCUCCACUUUGCCUGCCUCUUUGGCCUCUUGCAGGCCCUGGUGCUGGCUGUCAGCCUCCGGGAGCCCAGCGAGGAUGAGGAGGCCACUGACUGGGAGGGAGAGGGACUGGGGAAGGAGGAUGAGGAGCAGAGGGGAGAUCCAGGACAGGGGCUGUGA